GUAGUGGGCGCGUGCAGCAGGCAACGAGACCAGACGAGAUCGCAGGUGUCAUUGUGCUCUGUGUAAACAAACAUGAGUUCGCCCUUACAGUCGUCCACCCUCGACAGUUUACCUAAACAGUUUGUGUCCGCGAUGCGUACACUUUUUGAUAUAAUGGACGACAAAAAAACGGGUUACGUUACAUUUUCCGAUAUUGAAAACAGAUGGCAAGACGACGGUUCCAAAGGGUUGCCAAAAGGUGUCAUAGAAAGUUUGCGCAAAGUGACACCCCCUAACGGUCUGCUAACAUUCGAGCGAUUCUGUGCCGGCUUGAAAAUUUGCCUGUUGCGAAAUCAGGUAGAGCAACGAAAUCAAAAUCCGUUAAAACAGCGCGCGGCGCCAGACGUAGGCGGUCAGUCUAAUAACCGUCCACCUUCGGCUCCGCUGCUCGAUUUAGACAAUCCACCUAAACCGCCGUCAUGGACGAAUACCGCCGCCGUACGCCCGAAUAACAUAAUCUCCCAACAAAGGACGAUUAGCAUGCCUCAAUUGAUAACCGAGCGCAAAACUAAGGACCAAGAGAUCGGCGACAUUCACAAUUUUGAAAAACCAGUUCCAAACAUAAACAAGCCGAUGCUCUACGGUCCCCCCAAACCCCCCAGAUCGGCCGUUGGCUUAGAACGCGGAAGCAACAUCGACAGGGCGGAAAUUCGCACGGCAUUACAAAACUGGCAAAUCGGCCUGAUGAUGAACGAGCAGGACAUGAAGGGCGACAAACGCUACGUCGGCGUGCCCAGAACCGGCCGAAGCUUGGGGGAUGGAAAGGCGGCCCCUCAACCCGAUCUUCCCACGACCGGCUUAUAUCAAAAGAAGCCCAACGUCCGCCGAAGAGAACCGCGCCGACACACUCUCCAGAACGGAAUCGACUACAACAUGCUGAAGAGGAUGAAACAGAUCGAACAGGAAAAGGACGUCCUCAUGCAGGGAUUGAGCGGAAUCGAAAAGGCCAGGGAAUGGUACUUGAAACAAAUCGCCGCCGUACAAGAAAAAAUGAAACAUCUAGGAAGAAUGGGUCACCUGGAACAAUGGACCGAAUCUCAACAAGAAAGAUUGGAACUACAAAGGGCACGAGUUCUCGAAGUAAACAGGCAUUUAUCGGCAUUAACCGACAGUUGGGAAAGAGGAGGGCUACCGCUCCAUAUGAACCUUGCAGUUCACCAUUAUCCCCAGCACCACGACCUGACAUCUAGGUUAAAGCAACAGAACCACCUUUUAACAGAGGAAGUGGGAAAGAAAAGCGAACGAAUUACAGUUUUAGAAAGGGAAAAGACGAGCCUAAUCCGAGAACUCCUACAGAUGAGAGGAAAUCGAAAUAAUCAAGAGGAAGCUGUAUUUUAAAAUGCUUUCAAUCGUAUAGCGUACCUGUGAUUUAGGGAUAAGCACAAAGUGACAGUAUUUAUAAUUAAUUUUAAAAAAAUGAUCUAGGUGU